ACAUUUUAUUAAAAAGCAGGUAGCCGAUUAACAAACAAUAUAAAAAGACCUGAAUGUCAUCAGCUGGCGAAUCUUACGGAAAUGUUGAGAAUUCUGCUGCCGCUACUGGCACUUUGUGUCUUGGCCAAUGGCCAAUGCCGAUUCACCAGACAACAGGUGGAGCAAACCACCCGCAUUUUCAUGCUGCGUGGCCAGAAUCGCCAGCUCUCACUGAAGCGAACAGCCAGUUCGGCAGUUGGCGAGGUCCUGCAGAUGUUUUGCACUCCCCAGGACAUUGUGGCCUCAACCUGCCAGUCGGUACAGAGACGUCCGGCCGCCUUCCAGCCAGCGUUGCCCAUGACCUGUCGAGCUCCUCCUGCCGCCUUGACCACGCCCGUUCAGGAUCGCAGCUGUCCUGCCCAAAUGUACCGAGUAGGCUACAACGCGGGCAACAACCAGUUCCUGGAGCUCUAUCGCGCCUGCUUCAACACGAGAGCCGCGCGGGCGGUCUUCGUGGAGCAUCGGGUGUACGCCAAGCCCUUCUAUGCCGCUCGGCCCUGCGUGCAAUUCAGUGCCGAUGGAGUGAUCAGUCCGGUUGACGAAGCCAGUUAUACAACUCGCAACAUUUACUCUACCUUCCGCAGACUCUUUGGCAAUAACCAGAACUACAUAGCCAACAACCGGGACGUGGUCAUCAAUCGUGGACAUUUGGCCGCCUCGGCAGAUUUUUUCUUUGGCGAUCAGAUGUGCGCCACCUUCAAGUAUGCGAACGCAGUGCCGCAAUUCAAGUCGAUCAACGAUGGCAAUUGGGAGGCAAUCGAGCGGUGGGUGCGCAAUUCGGUGACCGGAAACGCAUUCGUGAAUGUGCGGACAGGGGCCAGGGAUGUCCUCUCACUGACCCCAUCUGGACCCAAUCCCGCGGGCCCCGGGCCCAAGAACGUCUUCCUCAGCGGCAACAAGAACCCAGUGCCCCUGUGGAUGUACAAGAUAGUGAGGAACGCGAACAACCAGCCCACCGUGGCCUUCCUCACCCUCAACAACAUAUUCGCCCGUCAACGUCCAGCGGCUCCCAAUUUCUGCCAACCCGUUAACUGUCCACUUAACUUGGUCAACACAGCACAGGCCGGAUAUUCCUUCUGCUGCAAUCCCGCUACUUUCAGACCCUAAUCUGUAAAGUUUCUGCGAAUAAAAAAACAUACAUAUAAAUAUUUUUAAUUUUCA